AUGUGUGCCUCGGUCAAGUACAACAUCCGGGGUCCUGCCCUCAUCCCGAGAAUGAAGACCAAGCACCGCAUCUACUACAUCACCCUCUUCUCCAUCGUCCUGUUGGGCCUCAUCGCCACGGGCAUGUUUCAGUUCUGGCCGCACUCCAUCGAGUCCUCAAGCGACUGGAGCGUGCAGAAGCGCAGCAUCCGCGACGUGCCGGUGGUCAGGCUGCCGGCCGACAGCCCCGUCCCCGAGCGCGGCGACCUCAGCUGCAGAAUGCACACAUGUUUCGACGUCUACCGCUGUGGCUUCAACCCCAAGAACAAGAUCAAGGUGUACAUUUACUCUCUGAAAAAGUAUGUGGAUGAUGCGGGUGUCCCAGUGAGCAGCACCAUCUCCCAGGAGUACAACGAGCUGCUCACGGCCGUCGCAGACAGCGACUACUACACCGAGGACAUCGCCCGGGCCUGCCUGUUCAUCCCGUCCAUCGACCUGCUCAACCAGAACGCGCUCCGCGUGAAGGAGACGGCGCAGGCGCUGGCCCAGCUCUCCAGGUGGGAUCGAGGAACCAAUCACCUCCUGUUCAACAUGUUGCCUGGAGGUCCCCCAGAUUAUAACACGGCCCUGGAUGUCCCCAGAGACAGGGCUCUGUUGGCUGGUGGUGGCUUUUCUACAUGGACUUACCGGCAAGGCUACGACGUCAGCAUUCCUGUCUAUAGUCCGCUGUCAGCCGAGGUGGACCUUCCAGAGAAAGGACCAGGGCCACGGCGGUACUUCCUCCUGUCGUCCCAGAUGGCUCUGCAUCCCGAGUACAGAGAGGAGCUGGCCGCCCUCCAGGCCAGACACGGAGAAGCGGCGUUAGUCCUGGACAAGUGCACCAACCUCUCCGAGGGCAUCCCCGCUGCCCGAAAGCGUUGCCACAAGCACCAGGUCUUCGAUUACCCACAGGUGCUGCAGGAGGCUACUUUUUGUGUGGUCCUUCGAGGAGCUCGGCUGGGCCAGGCGGUGUUGAGUGACGUGUUGCGGGCCGGCUGUAUCCCAGUUAUCAUUGCAGACUCCUACAUUUUGCCUUUCUCUGAAGUUCUUGACUGGAAGAGAGCAUCUGUGGCUGUGCCAGAAGAAAAGAUGUCAGAUGUGUACAGUAUUCUGCAGAGCAUCCCCCAAAGACAGAUUGAAGAAAUGCAGAGACAGGCACGGUGGUUCUGGGAAGCGUACUUCCAGUCAAUCAAAGCCAUUGCCCUGGCCACCCUGCAGAUCAUCAAUGACCGGAUCUAUCCAUACGCUGCCAUCUCCUAUGAAGACUGGAAUGACCCUCCCUCCGUGAAAUGGGGCAGUGUGAGCAACCCGCUCUUCCUGCCACUGAUACCGCCACAGUCUCAAGGUUUCACGGCCAUCGUCCUCACCUAUGACCGAGUGGAGAGCCUCUUCCGGGUCAUCACUGAAGUGUCCAAGGUGCCCAGUUUAUCCAAGCUGCUGGUCGUCUGGAAUAAUCAGAAUAAAAACCCCCCGGAAGAUUCUCUGUGGCCCAAAAUCCGGGUUCCUUUAAAAGUUGUAAGAACUGCUGAAAACAAGUUGAGUAACCGUUUCUUCCCUUACGAUGAAAUCGAGACGGAGGCCGUUCUGGCCAUUGACGACGAUAUCAUUAUGCUGACCUCUGAUGAGCUGCAGUUCGGUUAUGAGGUCUGGCGAGAAUUUCCUGACCGGUUGGUGGGUUACCCAGGUCGCCUGCAUCUCUGGGACCAUGAGAUGAGUAAGUGGAAGUAUGAGUCUGAGUGGACCAAUGAGGUGUCCAUGGUGCUCACGGGGGCAGCUUUUUAUCACAAGUAUUUUAAUUACCUGUAUACCUACAAGAUGCCUGGGGACAUCAAGAACUGGGUGGAUGCUCAUAUGAACUGUGAAGAUAUUGCCAUGAAUUUCCUGGUGGCUAACGUCACGGGGAAAGCUGUUAUCAAGGUAACACCACGAAAGAAAUUCAAGUGUCCUGAGUGCACGGCCAUUGAUGGGCUUUCGCUAGACCAGACACACAUGGUGGAGAGGUCUGAGUGCAUCAACAAGUUUGCUUCUGUCUUUGGGACAAUGCCUCUUAAGGUGGUGGAGCACCGAGCCGACCCCGUCCUGUACAAGGACGACUUUCCUGAGAAACUGAAGAGCUUCCCCAACAUCGGCAGCUUAUGAAAUGUGCUGCUGGUGGAGGUCUGAACACUAAUCCCGGGCGGAGGAAGAGAACACGUCCCCCCAGCGCUCUGAUGCCCAGAUUCCAGAGUGGGAGAUUGGCACAUCCCUGCCCAGCCUGCUUACCCGAGAGCAAGAGCCCAGGGAGGACAUCUGAGUACCUCGUGCAACCUCCGAUGCUCUCGAUGGGUUCUCUCUGAAAACUCCAGAUGGAAGCCUUGGGCAGGCUCCAGGGGUAAGGCCAGCUCAGGCGUCCUUUGUUUGUAGCUCGAUACAAGGUCUAAGAGGAAACUUCACUGGCUGUAAGACAGCUGAGAAACCUCCAGCCCAUUUCAGAUUUGGGGAAUCAGGUAAGAGCUACCUGUUUCUCACUUUUCAUUACUUCAGAUCAGUGAGUUCUUCAGAGGAGAAGCCAUGCCCAGAAUUUGGUGCAAAAUGCAAACAUCUUAGUGGCAUUUGAUGCCUUGGGACAAUGGGGCACUGACUGGCCUCGUCCAGAGAAGAGCACCGGCUGCCGAGAUGGGACCUAUAAGUUCCAUGAACUGUCUCUCUUUGGUUUGGCUUUUUGAUAUGAUUAAAAUUAUUUUUUAUUCCAUUUCCUACUAUGUCUUAAAUAUUGGUUAUGGAACUCUGUUUCUUUUUGUGUGUAUUUAACUCUAUCUUCUGGCCUCAACUCCAGUCUCCUCCUCAUGUCUGGGAAGAUACGUAGCCAGGAGGAGUGUCCAGUGCCAUGUACAUCCAGCAGAGGAAGAGCCCCAGACUACAAACACUCUUAGAGGAGAUGUGUCCCCAAACCUCCAAAGGAAUCUGUAUGCUUCCUGAUGAGAUCUAGAUAUUCUCCAGGAAAAACAGAAGGCCUCUCAUAGCCAUACACUGAGUCGCUCUGCUGGUACCAUGUUGCAAAAGUUGAGGCAGUUGUGACCCUCACCCCACGGGGAUGCCAAAAUUUUCCUCAUUCUCUUGGUAUAAACCUAACAUUAGCCAGAGAGGUUCUGGCUAACGUUAAAUGCUGCUAUAACAACUGUUUUGCAAUAGUUGCUGGUGUAUUUAAAUCAUUACAUUUCAGCAUUUAGUAAUACUGCACAUGUGUGAAUUAUACCUCUUUAAGCCCAGUUGAUGGACAAAUCUACGCUGGCAAAUGUUAGACGUUAUGGAUUCGAAACAGAUUUAUCUGUGGCUCUGAUAUUAAAAUUAGCCACAGUUUGGGCUUUAGCCAUAACAUAUGUCCCCAGAACACAAAAUACAUAAUAAUUUGCUUGGAAUAUGGGUAUAAUUACUGAAACCUAGUUGUGUGCCAGUCCAAGUCACUAAACCACCUCGCAUUGUUCCGUCGAGUGACAUGAAGGUGAGCUGUUCUCCUGCUGUAGUUUUCGAACUUGCAGUUUUAACGAGUCACUUCAACUGUGCUCUCAUAGACUUUGAGAGGCCAAAGAAAACUUUCAGAAGUAGCGAAAUUGAGAGUGGAAAUCUUGAGAGUCUCAUCUUUCAUAUUAAGGAGCGAUAGAAUCACGGACUGUUAUAGGUGGAAGGGAUGAGAUAGCAUCUCCAGGUCAUUCAUUUUGCAGACGCAAACACUGGAGUUGUGAUUUAUUCGUGUAUUGCAGCUGCAAACACACGUGCUUAAAUCAAUACUAAUGAUUUGAAUAAUUAGAUUCUAGUCAGCAGGGGAUAUGAGAAGGCAUUUUGGCCUCCUAUUCAUAGUACUGGAGCUGGGAUGAUAGAAACCAAGAGGAAGGGUUUUCUCUUGUACACCCAGAUACUGGUAGCUGACACAGUGAGUACCUCUGACCUUUCUAGGGGUUCUCUAGCUUGUUUUCCAAGAUUUGGGGCAGGUGGAAGGGGAGGAGGGCCUCAUUUAAAUCCCAGCUAAAAGCCAAGAACUGUGCUGACGUUGCACGUGUGUUAUCUCACCCUCAAUGUAUAGCACUCUGCUCUUUUCACACCACCGACUGCACUACCUUAGUGGCUGGUUUCUAAUCCAGUUCUCACUCUCAAAGGGUAAAUUAAUCCUCCCUCCCUCCCUCUUUAUUUGCCCUUUGAUUAUGGAAGAGAAAUGCUUCAAUCUGAAGUCAUUGGGAGCCCCAGGGGACUGAGUUAGUGGGCCUUUUUCACCUUCUUAGGAGUUAUUGGACUUCUAAGGGCAUUAAAACUCUAUUUCAAGUACCUUACUACCCCCAGAAAUAUUGGGGGCUAGAUCUCGCAACAUAGCAGAAAAGAAUUUUUAUUGUAGAAUGUGUAUUACAUCCUAGGCACUGGAAGCAAACCUCAAAGCUUCUAUUCCUAGGAACAGACGGGGUGCAGGUCACCAGGAGAAAUUCAGGACAGGAAUAUAGGAAGUGAUCGUGAUUCAUGGAUUCAGAGACUAGGGACUCAACCCCUGUGUUGGUGAAUUUCUGACCUGCUCACCAGCAAGCCUCACCUGUAAGUCUGGGCGGGGAUCAUCUGUCCUUGGGAUGCCACAGGGCCUGGUUUUAGAAGUGGAACAAUAAUGCUAAUUAAAAUGUCAUGUUCUGGCCUACAACAGACAACAGCUGGUUUUAAAUUUAAGAAAUCUUUUUUAAGGAAUUGCAUCCUACUGGCCUGUACAGACGAUGAACCUGAGUUGGCCCUGGCCUUCGUCCGAAUGUGUGCUCUAAGUCACUUGCCUUUGCCCCCAGGGAUCUAAUUAGGAUGAGCUGGCCCACUUGGAACGCCAAGGUUGGAAACACUUUUGUUGGUUAACAUUAGAUAGCUGUUAAUAUUCUUAUCUCGUGUAUUUUAUCAAGCCUCACACAUGUUUAGGCAAAAACCUCCUUUUCUGGGAAAAUUAAGGAGGAAGAUAUCAACUUUUGUUCUCAGAAUCUCUGGUGCUUUCCUGCAAAUGAUGCUAUCCUGUCUCCUCUUCUUACUCAGUGUCAUGAAGGUCAGAACUCUGCUGAAGCCUUAUGUGCUUCCAGCUUGUGGUUUUUAGGAGUUUCUCUGCUGCCUCUGGAAAAAGUGACCAUCAUCCUGGCCUGUGCUGACCAGGACUGGGAGCUGGAAGAGGCCAGCAGCCUCCGUGCUGUCACUUGCUGAAGAGGUUGCUAAUAGCUCUGUGAUCCCGGCUUCCUCCUGGGACAGUCCUGACUGGUGGAUCCUUGCCACUGAAAGGUAGCAGGCUUCUAGCCACGGAGUUCUAAAGGUCUGAUUGCUGGGUUCAAGUCCAAGACCCUUUGAUGGUAGAAUUAAGAAGUAGAUGAAGCAGGGACUUCCCUGGUGGUCCAGUGGUAAAGAAUCCGCCUUACAAUGCAGAGGACGCGGGUUCGAUCCCUGGUCAGGGAACUAAGAUCCCACAUGCCAUGGGGCAACUGAACCUGCACGCCACAACUACUGAGGUUGCACGCCUCAACUAGAGAGCCUGUGCGGCACAACUAGAGAAGAGAAAACCCGCACGUCACAACGAGAGAGAAGCGCACGCCGCAACGAAAGAUCCCGCGUGCCACAACUAAGACCCAAAGCAGCCAAAAAUAAAUAAAAUAAAUAAAUAAUAAAUCUUUUAAAAAAAAAAAGAAGAAGAAGUAGAUGAAGCAGAGACGUGUUGGGAAGUGGUUCAGUUUUGGGGGGAUUCUUCCUGGCUCUGCAGUCCCAGGAUCCCGGGGGAACCCAGCCGAGAGGGUGGAGGUUUUGGGUGUUGGAGGUUCCCCAUCGUCCAGCCACCCCGAGCCUGGUGGGUUUCCUUUGCUCUGGGGACAGUAGCAUCUCUGGGGGUAGGCUGCUUUUCCCAUUUCUCUUGGUCGUCUUCUAUUGCAGCAGCAGAAGCCACAGCAGGCCAUUUCCUGAGCCGCCCUGGCUCAGAGAGGCAGAGGCAGAGAAUGCCCACUGGGCCCUCACCCCUUCAGCCACUUCCUGAGGAGCAGUCCUCGCAGGAGCGCCAGCCAUGUUGGUAGGCGGCUGCUGUCCAGGAAAGCUUUGGAAGUGACUUGAGCUUUCCACUCAGGGCCCGGAGGCAUAUGAACCCUGGGGUCCGGCUGCUCGUCUCACCCGAGAGCUCUGUCCCAAGCCCUGGGGCUCCUGUCCUAGGCUAGUGUUUGCUUCUGAGUAAAACUGGGGGCAGCUUUUGGCUCCAAUUUGCCAAGUAGGCCUGGUGUGAUGAUCUGAACAGGCCUCAUUGAGCUGCUCCUGGCAGAGGAAAGGUAGGCAGGUGGACUCCGCUCUCACUUGUAAGGUUUUCCCCCUCUUUAGGGUGGGAACGUCCUAAGCUAAACUCACAGUCUCUCUUGCACCUCUGUUAAAUGGACUGUCAAGGGUCCCCCGCAUCAGGCUUUGUGACGUCCAGGUUCCCAGGGAGGGGUUGUGUGGUCUGUCCAGGCAGUGUUGGGCCUCGGCUUUUCAAUGUCAGGCUCACCAUUGCUGGCAACACAGGGAAGGUGGCUGGGCAGUUUGGCCCCCUCUCCCAGCUUUCCAGGCUUCUCUCCUUUUCAAGAAAUUGUUGAGUCACCAGCAUGUGUGUCUGGCAUUUGGUUUCCUCAAAUUUACAGCCUUCUCAGGGUAGAGUUUUUUCCUUUCUUCAGCUCCCAACUGGUUGGGCCCCUGGUUGCAUUUCUUCCCAGUCUUCCUGACUGGCGCAGAGCUGUCAGGCCAAGACGGAGAAAGGGCAGGAUGUCUGGGUCACUCUUGAGAGGUACCAGGCAGCUGUGUCUGCUAGAGGUUUCCUCAGCAAAGCACCAGCUCGUCUCCAGCGUCUCAGGAGCUGCACAUAGAGUGACAGCUGCCAACAGAGCAGGGACCGGAAUCCGUGGGUCUUGGAACCAAGCCUCCAUCCACUCCACCCACUCUGCAGAGCCUUCCGCUCACAGUGUAUCUACUUGAGCUUUUAUUUACAGCUGCCAACUUCUAUCAUUAACUCCUAUGCCUAAGAAGAAGCUCAAGGACUGUCUGGUUUUCUGGUAAUCACAGCUGAAGAACAACCAACUAGUUACUGACCCAGGUAAGGUAGUAUUCAGUCAUUCAGUUUUCUAAUUGUUUCAUCAAUUAGAAAUUGAUGAAUCAUUGAUUCAUCAAAAUGUACUCUUUGCCAGACCCUAUGCUGGGUCCAGGAGAUAGAAUGGAAUAAGACACAAUCUUGAUCUCCAGGAGCUCCAGUUCCAGUGGGAGUUCUUAGCUCUGUGAGAUGGUGCGAGUCCAUCAGUGGCCUAGGACUCCACAACAUACAUUUUAGUCCCAACUGUAAAUGAGGAUUCCAUUUACACCAUCUUCUGUGGUGCCUGGAGGAUGCGAGCAUUGUUUUAUUUCCUCGUCUCAUAGCACCUUACUCUGAGUUGAACCCUGGGCCUUGCUUGGCCUUGAGGGAGUCCACUCCUAUGCCUUAGUUUCCUCAACCAGAAAUUGGAGAUGGCAAGAGCACUUAGACCUGGGUGGGUUAGAUGCAAUGACGGAUCUCUUCCUCUCUCCUUACCCAGGGUCCUUGCCAGGUUGUACCUGGUGAUGCUGGCAGCCAGCCUUUUUCCGGCCCCUAUUUCUGCUCACCCUGUUGCCAGAGAACUUGGGGGUCUGGAUCCUAUCUGGCCCCGUCAGGGUGGAUUACUGAAUGAGUGGUUCUUUUGCCCCAGUCCCUUUCCUGUGCUAUAAAUAAGCCCCAUGUUUAUUUUCUUAUGUUAUUGAAAUGAGCACUUGGGAUUUGGGCCUCUUGACAAGUCCGGAGCGCGUCCAUCCGGUGCCUGGUGAGGGCCCUGCAUGGCUGGCUGCUGUCUGAAGUUAUUUGCAGUCCUCCCGCUGUGUUUUGAACGUGGCUUAAUUUCAAUAGUAAGGGCUGUAUGCAGCCCUGUAUCUGCUGAUUUUCAGGUUUCAGCUUUCUGCCAGCCUUACUGCCUGCUUAGAAGUAAAGCCGUGUUUCUCAUUCAGGGGAUAACAGCCACAAUUGAGGUAAUGAACGAAAAUUGUGUAUUGGUGGCAGCAGCUCCUAUAGGAUUUCCUAUAGAGUCUUUCUCUAGUAGAUCCUGAGGGGCUUACCUUCAUCUCCUUCAUUCUGCCUACCCUGUGCCCAAUCUCUGUUAUUGUUUUCUGGAUAUAGGCCUAAUAGUCCUAAUGAUUUCUCUCCUUACAGCCUUGUUCUUGUCACCAGAUUGGUUUGAUAUAUUGACAACUUGACCAAAUGAAGAUUCCAUUGACUCCAUCUUCUCCAAAGCAUGGAAGAUGCAAGGAUUUCUUUUCCUCUUCCCAUAGUAUCUCCCAUUUGCCAGUUGUACCUUGGCCCUUCUUUAAAAGUUAUAAGAUGAAUAUCCAUUAAUAACAGAUAGAUGCUCCCUUUAGUACCAUGGCUGCACCAUCUCAGUGGAGAGGGUGACCUGGGACAUGGUGGGAUAGAAAGGAAACAUCUGGCAGCCCAGUGCAGCGUAUUAUAUGCUAUGUGGACGUCUGGGAAAUAGGAAGUGUUCCGAGUUAGGAUUUCCUAAGGAGUGAUUUCUGGCUCCUUCAGGCUUUGACAGUUCAUCAAAAGUAUCCAAUGAGACCGAGCAGCACACAGCAUUGUCUAUGAGAACUUGGGCUAAAGAUCAUUAUCUGCUUCUCAGGAUGGAUUAGCCUAGUAAGUCACUCAGUAGAGGAACCUUUCUGUGGACAAACCAGAACCUGUAGUCUAUUAAUGAAAAGAGUUAUAUCUAACAAACAGUUUUCAGACAAGGAACCAGGAGAAAGUAAAUUUUCACUCAUAUGUUUUUAGUCUGUUGACUCCUAAAGAUUCUUUUCUUUUAAAAAAUAAAAAGCCUAUUGUGAUGGAUUCAUAUUUAUUGAGCACUUACUAUGUGCCAGAUACUGUUCUCAAUAUGAAGAUGUUGCAUUGAACAAAGUGCCUACUCUUGUCAAAGGUACAUUCUAAGAAGGAAGACAACCAAAAUGAGUAAAUGAAUAGAAUUUCAAAUGGUAAAAAAUGCUAUGAAGAAAACAGCAGAGUAAAGGGGAGAUGGAUAGUGACUUGGGCAUGAGGAGGUAUUUAAGAUGGGUCGGUCAGGAGUGGCAUUUAAACACAGAUCUUAAUGUUGAGAAGGAGUGGACCAUGGAGAUACCAGGCAGAGGGAAGAGCUAGCGUAAAGUCCCUCAGGCAGGAAAAAGCUCAGCUUGUUUCUAAGAAUAGCAAGAACUCCUGUGUGACUGCAGUUUAUUGUGUGUGGAGAGCAUGGUAGAGAUGAUUGCCAGAAAAGUAGGCCAGCACCAAAUUUUGUUGGGAUCAUGUUGGACAAAAGAGUUCUGGAUUUUUAUUGUGAGUGUGGUGGGAAGACACUGGAAGGUUUUAAGCAGAGGAGUGGAGUGGGGAUGGGAUUUUUGUUCAAAGAUCCUUUCAGCUACUAUGUGGAGAAAAGGCAGUAGGGAACAAUAAUGGAAGAAAGGAAAUCAGGAAGCUAUUUUAGGAGUGCAAGUGAGAGAUGGUAGUGGCUUAGACUAGGAUGGUAGCAACAGAGAUGGUGAGGAGUUAUACUGGGAGCAGAAUCCAUUGGACUUACUAAUGAAUUGGAUAUAGGAGAUGAAAACAAUAAGAGGAUUCACAGCUAACUACUAGGUUUUUGUUAUAACUGAGUGAUACUAUUAAGUGAAAUAUGGCAGACCGGGCAGGGGUAAGGACAGAGAAGUAUGAGAGGGAAAAUCAAGAGCUCCACUUUAGAUGUGUUAAGUUUGAGAUGUCUUUUGGACAUCUAGGGGUAGUGUUACUUAAGCAGUUAGAUGUCUAAAGCUCAAGGGAAAAGUUAAGACUGAAUAUAUAGCUGGGAUUUAAAACCAUAGGACUAGAUGAGAUUACCCAGAGAGUCAGAAUAGGUAGAGAAGAGAAAAGGACUGUGGCCUGAUUUACAGGUAGAGAAGAUAAGGAAGAACCAGAAAAGGAGACUGAGGAGUUGCCAGUGAGUUAGGAAGAAAACCAGGAAGAUGUCUGUAAGAUAGACUGUGAUAAAUUAGAGAUACACAUUGUAAACCCUGGAGCAACAGCUAAAAACAUUUUUAAAAGAGGCAUAGCUAAUAAGGCAAUAUUGGAGAUGGAAUACCAUAAAAAUAUUCAAUCAAAAAGGAUUGAAUUGAUUGAGAAAAGAGUAAACAAAGAACAGAUGGGAAACACACAAAAAGCAAGACAGUAGACGUAAACCCCAACAUGGCAAUAAUUACAUUAAAUGUAAAUGGCCUAAACAUUCUACUUAAAGGACAGAGAUUAUCAUUCCAUAUGCUAUCUAUGAGGAAAACACUGUAAAAUACAGUUGAGUUGAAUAGAAAAAAUUAUAGUAGACAAAUAUGAAUCCCAAGAAACUGGAAGUGAUUUUAUCAAUAAAGGACAAAAUAAACUUCAAAACAGGAACAUUUCCAGGGAGAAAGAGGAAUAAUAUAUAAUGAUAAAGGAGUCAAUUCAUAAAGAAGACAAGUAAUCCUAAGUAUGUAGGAACUAAAUAACAGUGCUGCAAAAUGUAUAAAGCAAAAAACUGACAACUGAAAGUGAAAUAGAAAAUCCACAAUUAUAUUUGGAUAUUUCAGCACUCCUCUCUUAGUAAUUGACAGAACAAGUUGAUAGAAAAAUCAGAAAGCUAUAGAUGACCUGAAUAACACUAUCAACCACUUUGGUUUAAUUGACAGUUACGGAACACUUCAUCCACCAAUAACUGAAUACACAUUCUUCUCAGGUGCACAUACAAUAUUCACCACCAAUGUGUUGCACCAUAAAAUGAAUCUCAAUUUUAGAGGAAAUGAAAACAUAAAAAGUGUAUGUUCUCUAACCAUAAUUCAAAAAAACACAUACACCCUGUUGUUAAUUGCAGCACUAUUUACAAUAGCCAGGUCAUGGAAGCAACCUAAAUGCCCAUCGACAGACAAAUGGAUAAAGAAGAUGUGGUACCUAUGUACAAUGGAAUAUCACUCCGCCAUAAAAAGGAAUGAAACUGGGUCAUUUGUAGAGACGUGGAUGGACCUAGAGACUGUCAUACAGAGCGAAGUAAGUCAGAGAAAAACAAAUAUUGUCUAUUAAUGCAUAUAUGUGGAAGCUAGAAAAAUGGUACAGAUGAACUGGUUUGCAAGGCAGAAAUAGAGACACAGAUGUAGAGAACAAAUGUAUGGACACCAAGGGGGGAAAGCGGAGGUGGGGGGUGGUGGGAUGAAUUGUGAGAUUGGGAUUGACAUAUAUACACUAAUAUGUAUAAAAGAUAACUAAUAAGAACCUGCUGUAUAAAAAUAAAUGAAUAAAAUUAAAUUUAAAAAAAUAUAUAUACAUAUACAAUAAAAAUGGAAAUAAAAAAAAAGUUCAGGUUGAGAGGAGUGUGUGUGGAAUUCCAACGAGUCCUAGGUUAGAAUAAAAGAUUCCUUGAUAAAUACGCUGAGAUAAAAUGAGACUUUGAGAAGGUUUCCUGACAAGACAAUGUUUAAAGCAAACAAUAAGUUUGGAUGAAGUAUAAACAGAUGUAUAAUUCACCAACACUUGAUGCUGGUUUGAAGAUGGUGAAGUAUACUAGAAAGAGGUCUAGCCUCAGAGGUUAGAGGCCUGUGCCUUUCACCGUAAGACCUGAGGCAAAUGACUUAAUCAGUGGUAUUUGUUUUUCUCAUCUAAAUAAUUUUAAGAACGAAGGAGUUUGAUUAGGCUUGUCUCUAUCUUUGUAAGCUUUAAUCUUUCAUCAACAAAAUGCCAAUGUACUCACACACACAAAAAGUAUGUUCUCUGAUCACAGUGGAAUUAAGUCAAUAACAGAUAUCGUGGAAAUCCCUAAUAGUUAGAAAUGAAAUAACAUAUUUCUAAACGCACGGGUUAAUAAAGAAAAAGAAAUAAAUUAGAAAAUAUUUUUAGCUGAAUGAAAAUGAAAGCAAUGUAUUUAAAUGUGUCAGGUGGAGUACUUGGAGAUCUAUACUUGAAGUGCUAAUAUUAGAAAAGAAGAGGGACUUCCCUGGUGGUCCAGGGGUUAAGAAUCUGCCUUCCAACGCAGGGGACAUGAGUUAGAUCCCUGGUCGGGGAACUAAGAUCCCCCAUGCCACGGAACAACUUAGCCCAUGUGCUCUAGAGCCCAUGUGCCACAACUAGAGAGCCUUGUGCCACAACUAUUGAGCCCACGUGCUCUGGAGCCCAUAUGCCACAACUAGAGCGCCCCUGCGCUACAAUGAAAGAUCCCACAUGCUGCAACUAAGAUCCCGUGUGCCACAACUAAGACCCAACGCAGCCAAAUAAAUAUUUUUUUAAAGAAAGAAAGAACUAAAAUCAAUUAUCUAAGCGACUACCUUAAGAAAAUUGAAAAGAGCAAAUUAAAUACAAAGUGAGUAGAAGAAAGAAUAAAGAUAAGCGUGGAAAUAAAAUAGAAAUGGACGAACAAUGGAGAAAAAUCAAUUAAACAAAAGCUGGUUCUUUAAAAAGAUCAAUAACUAGACUGUUCAAGGAAAAAAAGAAUAAAUUACCAGUAUCACAAAUCAAAUGGGGGCAUUGGUACAGAUUCUAAAAAUAUGAAAAGGGAAAUACAUAUGAAAACUUUAUACUGUUAAAUUCUACAAUAUAGAUGAAAUGGACACAAACUUCAAAAGACACAAAGUGAUAAAAACUACCUCAAGAAGAAAUAGAAAAUCUAAAUAGCCACAUAUCUGUUAAAGUAAUCAAAUUUGUAGUUUAAAACUUUCCACAAAGAAAAAUCUAAGUCCGUAUAGUUUUACUGGCAAGUUCUAUCAGAUAUUAAGAAAUCAUACCAAUCUUACACAAGCUCUUUUCAGAAAAUAGAAAAGAUAGAAAUAUGUGGCAACUCAUUUUGUGUGGCCAUUAUUACCCUGAUACCAAAGCCAGACAAAAACAUUGCAAGAAAAGAAGACUGCAGACCAAUAGCCCUCCUGAGCAUAGACACAAAAUUCUUUUAAAAAAAAUUAGCAAGCCAAAUCAACAUACAACAUGACUAAAGAAUAUAAGGUUGGUCUAAUAUUUGAAAAUCAAUAUAAUUUACAACAGCAAUAGAAUAAAGGAGAAUAACCAUAUGAUUAUCUCAAUAGAUAUAGAAAAGAUAAUUUGACAAAAUUCAACACUCAUUCAUCAAUGUCUUUAAAAAAACAAAAAAGAAUCUUCUGUAUAGUGCAGGGAACGCUACUCAAUGCUCUGUAAUGACAUAUAUGGGAAUAGAAUCUAGAAAAGUGGAUAUAUGUAUAUGUAUAACUGAUUCACUUUGCUGUACAGCAGAAACUAUCACAACAUUGUAAAGCGACUAUACUCCGAUAAAAAUUAAUUUUAAAAAUAUUUUCAGAAUUCAGAGGAAGGCUUUGUGUGAAAAAUAAACAUAGAAGACCCUUGUGUUAAAAAAAGAAAAAAACAUAGAAAAUAUAUAUCCACACAAAGACUUGUACACAGAUGUUCAUGGCAUGUUUAUUCAUAAUAGCCAAAACCUGGAAAAAACUCAAAUGUUAAACAACAGAUGAAUGCAAAGGCAAAUUGUGGUAUAUCCAUAAAUGGAAUACAUCUAAGCAAUAAAAAUAAUGAACUGAGACACGACAUGGAUGCUUUUCCAAAAUAGGUGAGCAAAUAAGCCAGACACAAAAAUGUACAUACUGUACAUACGUACUAUACAUACAUACAAACGUACUCUUAUGAGUAAAAAUACAAUCCACUUAUUAGAAGUUUUACAACAGGCAAAACUAAUCUAGAGUGACAGAAAGUAGAUCAACAUUAUCUGUUGCUGGGGAUUGGCUGGGAUGAGACACAGGGGAACUUUUUGGGGUGAGGAGAAUGUUCUAUAUUUUGAUUGUGGUGAUGGUCACAUGUCCAAACAUCCAACUCUACAUGUAAAAUUGGUGCAUUUUAUGUAAGUAAUACCUCAAUAAAGAUGAUUCUUUUUUCAA